UAUCACAACAUUACGCUGCUUCAUGGCCUCCUGUUAAUUUCUUUCUUUGCUUGGCAUCUAGACAGAGCUUACACUGGAAAUGAAGGUUUAAUAUUAUAUUUUUAUGUUGAAGUUAUAUAUUUUAUUCUAAAGUUGAUUUUGCAAAUGAAGAAAGUGUGUGUUUAUUUGUUGCUAUAUAUUCUCAAGAUUAUUCCACUCGUUGUUGCUUGUAUUAUUUUGGAUUAUUUGUUGAAAUCCCGAAUUCUAGAAGGUUUUCGUCACAACUUAUUACUAAAAGCGAUAUCCGACAACUUAGGUCAUGGUAUAGUUGCAGCAAUCGCGUGGCUUGUUAUACUUGAUUAUCAACAUGAUAUAAAAAGUCUGAUGCAGGUCAUAUUAUGUGGUAUGGCGGCUUGCUGUAUUGAUGUAGAUCAUUUUUUGCAUGCUGGCUCGUUAAAACUACAGGAUGCUGUACAUCUGUCAUCACGACCUCCGUUUCAUAAUUCAAGUAUUUUUCUUAUAUUGUUCUUAUUGCUACUGCUUCAAAACUUUUACCUCAAACUUAACUCAAUGUUCUCUACUUUCCUGCUGAUAAUUAUCACAGCUUUUGUGUCUCAUCAUUUGCGUGAUGGAAACAGGCGAGGAUUGUGGUUUUGGCCGCUCGGGAGCACAAGGGCUCUGAGUCCUGAUUUUGUGUACAUAACAGCAGAAUGUUUGUUGCCCGCGUGUAUCUGGAAAAUUCAGUGGAUGUUAAAUGUUACAGCUGAAGCAGAAAGUAUAACUACAACACUUGAUGUCUAAUGCAGAUAAUAUCUACAGUACUUGAUGUCUAGGGAAAAAUAUCCGUUACAUGCAUUAUAGAAGAUUUUAUAAAAGAAUGUAUGUCACGUACUCACUAAUGCCCAGUAAUAAAUUUCGCGAAAGACGACAUUUAAGAAAAUUUUUGUUAUUAAAGUAAACAAACAGGCUGGUGACUAAAACAAAAAGUUCCACAUAUAAACAGAAAGUUCGUACAACCAAAAUCGAGAUUCUGCAUAAUUGAAGAUAUAAUCGCAUUGGUUUAAAAUAUGAAAGCAUUUGUGAUUUUAGCUUGAGUAACUUUAAAAUAUAUAAAGGAUCGAGUUAAUUUGAAUAUAUUAUAUAUUUAUUAAUAACCCACUGAGUAUGUCAAGGCCCACGCUACGAUUUUAAAAGAGGGGCUAAAGUUAAUGACUUCAUGGAGGACCCACCAUAGUUGGGUCCAAAUGUGAAAAAUUUUGAUUUUUGCUUAAAAACGCACUGUUAGAGGUUAAGAAAUGUAUGAAUUACAAUAUUUCAAUAGGCAAUAUCGUCAUUAAAAUUUUGAAGAAAAAAAGAACACUGCUUUGCAAAAAUGUCCCUCCUUGGUCUCCCCGAUAGCGCGAGCCCUGGUGUUGGUUAUUUUAUAUUGUAUUUUCUUAUUAUAUAUUUUUUAUUGUUAAAUUAUAUAUAAGUUAUAUAUAUAUAAAUUAUACUUAACUUCCCUUAACAUCAAGUUAACAAGCAUAUGAUAUUUUUUUUGAUGAACAGAAUUUAACAUAAAGUGUAUAUGAAUUAAAAUUUAUUGUUACAUGUUUUAUAUGAGCAUUGGA